AUGAACUCUGCGACUGGAUUUGCCGAGCCCCUCGUCUCCGAGACCCCACUACCAUUUCACGAGCUAUGCGCGAGAAUACAUGACCGCAUAGCUGCCUUCUUGGACGCGAAGGAUGUGUCGGAGAGAGUGAAGAGCGUGCAGGGCCAGACUCAUCUGGCACUCGGUGUCAUAGAUGAGGCACUGACGCGGUAUAGGCGAGGCCUGGCACAGACGCCCAAUCCAUCGUCGAACAUCGAAACCGCCGUCCAAUGUUGUUACAUACAAGAUGAACAUCCGUUCCCUGAGGUGGAGGAGUUUGUUGCAAAGAGCAUAAAGAUAUAUUCUUUGGCAUUACUUGAAUACGCGAAGCCAAUGAAGGAGGCAUUUGCAGACUAUCUGAAAGAUACCCCAUCGGUAAAAGCGAUAUUGGUUGGGACACGGAGAACAGACCCGCACGGCGCGAAUCUGAAGCACUUUGACCCCACGGAUCAAGGUUGGCCUGCGUUCGUUCGCGUGCAUCCAGUCAUAGACUGGCACUACGUCGACAUAUGGACCUUCAUUCGGUAUCUCAAUAUACCAUACUGCUGCCUCUAUGAUAUGGGAUACACAUCGUUGGGUGGCACCACCGACACGCAUCCCAACCCCGCACUUGCGCGUCAGCCUUCGACGCAGCAAGUUCCACAAUUGAAGGAUUCAACAGCCGUCACGAAUGGCGCACCGAAAGUAAAGUUCCUACCAGCGUGGAAAUUGGAAGAUGAUUAUGAAGAACGAUUGGGGAGGGAUCGAUAG